CUUUGCCUUGAUCCCUGACGCCUCUGGAGUGUACAGAGUAAAACAUCCGCUCCUGCUGAGGACCACCCUCCAUCACUUCCCUGAAACUUUUCAUACCUCAUCCAGCCUCUCGGGGCACAAAGUUAACAUAAGAUGGCGCCCAAAGUCGGCAAUAUCUAUUUCAUCGCAGCCACCGCUGUGGUGGGCGGCGGGCUGUUCGGUUUCGAUAUCUCGUCCAUGAGUGCCUUCAUCGGCGAGCAGCCGUACGCAUGCAAGUUCAACACACAGGGCAUGGAUAAUGGGACCUGUUUGGGCCCAUCUGCUAAUGUCCAGGGUGGUAUCACUGCCGCUAUGCCCGGUGGCUCGUGGUUGGGCUCUCUGGUCUCAGGUUUCCUCUCCGACAGAUUUGGCCGCAAGACCUCGAUUCAGAUUGGUUGUGUCAUCUGGGUAAUCGGCUCGAUUCUCUGCUCAGCCGCUCAGAACAUUCCAAUGCUGAUUGUCGGCCGAAUAAUCAACGGUUUUUGUGUUGGUAUCUGCUCCGCUCAGGUUCCUGUGUACAUCUCCGAGAUCGCGCCUCCUUCCAAGCGUGGUCGUCUCGUGAGUAUGCAGCAAUGGGCGAUCACGUGGGGAAUACUAAUAAUGUUCUUUAUUUGCUACGGUUGCUCCUUUAUCAACAGCGAGGCCAGUUUUCGUAUUCCCUGGGCUGUCCAAAUGGUCCCCGCUAUCCUGCUCGGCGCUGCUCUGUUCUUCCUCCCAGAGUCGCCACGUUGGCUUGCCAAACAGGACCGCUGGGAAGAAGCCCUGGAGUGCCUGGUACUCGUGCAUGGUCAUGGCGACCCAAACGCCCCAUUUGUCCACCAGGAGAUGGAGGAGAUUCGUGCCGUGGUCGAGUUUGAGCGCCAGAACGCCGAUGUCACGUAUCUGGAGCUGUUCAAGCCGCACAUGAUCAAUAGGACGAUGAUUGGAGUCUUUACACAGAUUUGGUCACAAUUAACAGGAAUGAAUGUGAUGAUGUACUACAUCGUCUACAUCUUCAACAUGGCGGGUAUCGGUAGCGCCACGCUACUGUCUUCCGGGAUCGAUUACAUAAUCAACGUCAUAAUGACCAUCCCUGCCCUGAUCUGGCUGGACAACUGGGGCCGCCGUCCUACGCUUCUAAUCGGCGCCCUGUUUAUGUGUCUCUGGAUGUCUGUCAACGCUGGUCUCUUCGCCGUCUAUUCCGUCCCUGCUACUCCCCACGAGUUUGACUCGGACGCAGAGUCCAUGUCCAUCAAGGGCCCCGCCGCCAAGGCUGUCAUCGCCUCGACCUACCUUUUCGUCGCCUCGUACGCUCCCACCUGGGGGCCCGUCUCCUGGACCUACCCUCCAGAGCUGUACCCCCUGCGUACCCGUGGCAAGGCUGUGGCGCUAGCGACCUCUGCGAACUGGGCCUUCAACUUUGCGCUGGCUUAUUUUGUUCCGCCUGCCUUUGCCAACAUCACCUGGAAGACCUACGUGCUAUUCGCCGUCUUCUGUUUCGCCAUGUUCGUCCACGUCUUGUUCAUGUUCCCGGAGACGGCCAACAAGACCCUUGAGGAGGUUGUGGACAUCUUUGACGAUACCAAGCCUGGUGCUGUCAAGUAUAUCGGACAGCCCGCCUGGAAGACCAAGAACCACCGUGCCAACGUGGUGAGGCUGGAGCAGGGAGAUGCUGAGGCCAAGCUGGACCGACCCAGCAAUGAGCACGUCGAUCACCCCUCCCCGGCAGCUGAGGAGAAGAUCUAAAGAAGGAAAGUAGAAGAACAAACAAGGAGAAUCAAGAAGAACAGCACGGACAGAGAUGUGGCUUCGUAUUGCCGGAGAGACCGAGGGAGAGAGAGAGACUUUUAUGUAUACCCAAAUUGUUUCCUUGUGCUUUCAUGCUAGAGUUGUCGUCCUCAUCCGUUUCAGUGUGACAGCGCCCUGGUUGGAACAUGCGGCGACUGAAUUCCCGCUUCAGGGUGAUAUGAUCUGCGAUUCCCUCUUCUUGCUGGCAUAGCUCUGGCUCUGGAUCACAUUAUGACUUUUGAG